GACAUUUCUUAUCGUUGUUGUGAAGUUUAUAUGUUUGUUUUUAUUUCAAAAUUCUUAGAAGUAGAAAAAAAUAGAAGAAAUCACUUGUAUGUGCAUUUUGGAUAUUUUUGUUCAUCGUAUAGCAAUUAUACUAUAAUUUAAAAUUCGUGGCUUUGUAAAAGAUUUAAUAACAUUGGUUUGAUGCGAUUAGUGUGCAUAAAAUAACAAAAAGGCUCAGUUGGAAAAUGAUAACUACGUUUUAGUAUAAAAUAUAAUUUUUCACUUAGAAAUAAUCGACCAAUACAAAAAUGUCAAUAUAUUGCUGGGGUAACACGGAACAUGGUGAACUCGGCCUGGGCGGCAUCGAGGAAGAAGAGAUAUUAGAGCCGCGAGAAUUAUCCUGGCACCCUGAAAGUUCUGUAGUGAACAUAGAAUGUGGGCUCAAUCAUACCCUCUUUUUAACUGAGGAUGGAAAAGUUUAUUCAACCGGAUCUAAUGAUUUUGGGCAAUUGGGUCAGCAAGAGAUGACGAAGCGGCCACAACUUAUAAAUGAUCUUGGAAAUACUGUCAUUACGGAUUUAAGUUGUGGCGCUAGACAUUCUUUAGCACUCAGUGAAUGGGGCCAACUUUACAGCUGGGGACAUAACGACUAUGGUCAGUUAGCGCUCCCAGAUUCGUCCGAUGUUGUACGUUCGCCAAAAAUUGUUAAAAAGCUUGCAGCGCAAACUAUCAUACAAAUCGCAAGUGGUUAUAAUCACAGUCUUGCGCUAACCAAUUGUGGUGCUUUAUAUGCUUGGGGUUCAAACAUUUAUGGCCAAUUGGGCAUAUCACCGCCUAGUGACUUGGCCCAUUCCACUUCCCCCCGACUGGUGGAUUCAUUGCUCGGCAUACCGAUAGCUUUCAUAGCAUGUGGUGGCAAUCAUUCAUUUAUAAUUUCGAAAUCUGGUGCUGUGUUUGGUUGGGGACGCAAUAAUUCUGGACAAUUGGGACUUAACGAUUGUACACAUCGACAUUUUCCAACACAAUUGAGAACGCUUCGGAGCCUGUGCGUGCGUUAUAUAACAUGUGGCGAACAAUAUUCCGUAUUUUUGACAAACGACGGUGGUGUAUUCACUUGUGGCAAAGGAUCACAUGGCCAACUUGGUCAUGGUGGUAACUUGAACGAAGUACUGCCUCGCAAAGUGUCAGAGCUAAUGGGAAGUACUGUGACACAAAUUUCUUGUGGUGCACAACAUACGUUAGCUUUAGUGCCGUCUCGAGGACGGGUGUAUGGUUUCGGGUUGGGCCACUUUGGUACACGUAAAGUCGAUAGCUGUUCUCUACCGCAUGCUAUGAUUGGACCAUGGGUAUGUCCCAAUAGCUCUAAACUUGUAGAUACUGUUACCAAAGAAAGCAAAGAAGAUUCUCUUUUAGUACGACAAAUAUUUUGUGGUGGCAAUCACUCAUUUGUCUUAACCACAAAAGUUGGUGAUAAAAUUCCUGCCGCAGAUUAUCGCAUUAACGAGCCACGAACUCAAAUUAUGUGCUUAACCAAGGAGUUAGCGGAGCAGUGUGCGUUGGUAGAGAAGGAUUCGUCCAUAGAUAUGGAUUUAUUAACAACUAUAGAAGUAAUAUUUAAAAGCCAAGCUUGCCUCAAUGGAUCAUUUCUGCUAGAAAGCAAACAUUUCUGUUGUACCUCAAAACAGCCCGGUGUGGAUUUGUUGCAGGUUAAGCAGACUUUUGACUACAUUCGCAAAGUGGAACAUGAAAGCAUUAAGCAAAUCAUUUGGGAUAAAAUCACAAAUGAAAUAAUUGCCUCACUAAUGCCAUCACCAGCAGAUGUUGAAACUUUGCGACUUUAUUUGAUUUUGCCAUUAUAUCAUGAAUUUGUCAAUUCUAAAAACUAUGAAACGCUUCAUACACCCUUCAGUAAUGCCGUGCUCAGACUCAAAGAAAUACCAAGAAAAAUUGUUGUCAUGUGGUGGGCGCAAACACCGCUGGACUGGUUCGAAGGUCUGGUAUCAAACUACAAAAAUGUGGUAGCGCAUAUAAUCAGUUUUAAGAUUGCUGCCAACUCUGCCGGCAACGUUGAAAAGAAGCUGGUUACUUAUAAUUCUAAUUUGUCAGCGGCUUUAAACCUAUUAGUCUUGCUACAUAAAAUCAAUCACAAGGAGCGUUCAGAGAAAAUUGAUUAUGACAUUUUUCACUGGCCUGAGCUGACCGAUUACGUUGAUAUCCAGCAGGAUUAUAUACACUGGCUCUUCGAAAAGAAUCCCGAAGCAUUUAACAUUUGUAAUUAUCCAUUUUUAUUCAACGCAUCUGCAAAAACGACACUUCUACAAACAGAUCAGGCCAUACAAAUGCACACCGCCAUGCAAAACGCUGCCAAUUCGGGAAUUCUCUCGCUGCUUACGUUUGGAACACCCAUUUCACAAUUUAUUGUGCUGAAUGUUUCACGUGAGAACCUGGUACAGGACACUUUACGCGAAAUUAUGCAGUAUAAUCAAAGCGACUUGAAAAAGCCACUGAAGAUAAAAUUCCAUGGAGAGGAGGCCGAAGAUGCCGGUGGUGUGCGUAAAGAAUUUUUCAUGCUUUUACUAAGGGAUCUCUUGGAUCCAAAAUAUGGCAUGUUCAAAGAGUAUGAAGACUCACACGUACUUUGGUUUGCCGAUGUAACUUUUGAAACAGAUGACAUGUACUUCUUGAUUGGCGUAAUUUGUGGCUUAGCAAUAUACAAUUUUAUAAUUAUAAAUCUACCAUUCCCGUUGGCGCUAUAUAAGAAACUGCUGGAUGAACCUGUCGAUAUAACUGACUUGCGUGACUUAUCGCCUACUCUGGCGAAUUCUAUGGAGUCCAUACUAAAGUACGACCAAAUUGACUUCGAAGAAGUGUUUGAUUUAAAUUUUGAAAUAUCUCGUGACAUUUUCGGUGAAUCACAAACGGAAGAAUUAAAACCAAAUGGUAGUCAAAUACCCGUCACUUUGGAAAAUAAAAAAGAGUUCGUCGAUUUGUAUGUUGAUUUCCUAUUCAACAAAGCGGUGGAAACACAGUUUAAAGCGUUUCGCAAAGGAUUUAUGAAGGUUUGUUGGGGACGAGUGCUGCAAAUAUUCAAACCCGAUGAGUUAAUGGCUGUGGUUGUUGGAAACGAAGAAUACGACUGGCAAGCUCUUGAGCUACAUUGUGAAUAUAAAAAUGGUUAUAGUUCUGGCGAUCAAACGAUAAGAUGGUUUUGGGAAAUAUUCCACGAGUUGCCAGAGAGUGAAAAGAAAAAGUUUCUGCUAUAUUUGACUGGAAGCGACCGCAUACCCAUUCAAGGGAUGAAAGCGAUCAAGAUUUGUAUACAGCCAACAAAUGAUGAGCGCUUUCUUCCCGUAGCGCAUACGUGUUUCAAUCUGUUAGAUUUGCCUCAAUACAAGACUAAAGAACGUUUAAAAUACAAAUUGCUUCAGGCUAUUCAACAAACUCAGGGUUUUAGUUUAGUAUAAAUUAAAAGAAAUAUUCUAGAAGAAAAGCCUACGUUAAGAAUAAUGAAAAAUAUU